AUGUUGGCUCCCCUAACAGUGCUAGAACCCAUGAUACCGACCCUGAAUAUACAACCAUGGCUACAGGGAGGAAUUCAAGAGAUAACGCAGUUAUACAACAAUGAGAGCAUAAAACCCUUUGCAGACAUACAACAGGAAUUUAACCUACCGCACAGACUAAUAUUUGCGUACCUGCAAAUUAAAUCCUACCUAACCAAAAACAAACCCAGUAAGGAAAGCAGCACAAUCAUUGCACAAAUGUCCAACUUUGAGCUAAUAUGCACGCAUAGGAAACAACCCAAAAAAUUAAUUUCCAUAAGCUACAAAACACUGCUCCAUGGGUCAGUCCAGGGGAGGGAUACACACAUCCAAUCAUGGCACAAAGAACUAGGAAAAAUCAUACCAACGGACGAAUGGUCCAAAGCCUAUUCUUCACAUAAAGGGGUCACCUCAUGUGCUACACACAUCGAGAUGCAACUCAAAUUAAUAUACCGCUGGUACCUAGUCCCGACCAGGAUACAGCAGAUCUGGCCACAGUCUCCAGACAGAUGCUGGAGAUGUGGCCAAACCCCAGGCACUAUGCAGCACAUCUGGUGGACGUGUAAAACCUUACAACCGUAUUGGCAGGUGGUACGACACAUUAUAACUGGAGCCAUACGAACACAAAUAUCACUAACCCUAGAGCUAUGUAUCCUAUUUAUCCCACCAGAGUCCUUAACUAAAGACAAGCAGGCAGUAACUUACCAUAUACUUAUCUCAGCAGCCAUGGGUAUUGCCAGGCUUUGGAAAAACACAAUAGCCCCCUCACGAGAAGCCCUCAUCAACCAGAUAAAGCUCAACCGGCCAAAUGAAAUGUCCUAUGCACACCAAUAUGGUAUAAAGAAAGACAUGAGACUAGCAAACCAGUUGUGGAACGCUUACUUAGAACACACAUUAAUAAAGGACACGACACAAGAAGGGAAAACCUGUGAACCACAUGGAUCUCUCUCACCAUGUUGUACCGCCCCCCUCCCUUCCCCCCUACCAACACUCCAACUACCCAAAAUUAAUGCAGAAAAAGGUACAGUGCAGGCAACCAUGUACUAUCCUGAAUAUGUGAUGUGA